AUGCCAACUCGGAGCCGAGCUCUCUUCCUCGUGUUCUCCUCCUCCUGUUGCAUUCUUCUUCUUCUUCUUCUCUGUUUGGUCUGUUCUGCUUCUUCGCACACAGAUUUCCUUUCGCGCCUUUCCACUCCCUUACAAAGCAAUAACCGAAUUUCAACCGAAGCUGUAAAUGUUCACAACGAGUUCACAACAGAAAGCGAAGAAGAAGAUGAGCUCAGAAGGUCCUCUUUCUUGAUAAAGACAACGAGGACGAGUACGACGACGAGAGAAAUCAAGAAACAACAACAACAACAACGAGGCGACUUGUACAAUGCUCAUGAUUUGGCGAAUAGCAUGUUGCAUGGAAGGAAGAUUUUGUUUAGUGGAGAGAAAUUUGUGGAUACCGAGAAGGAACCUUCAUUGAUGAAGAAACUGAUCAAGGUGAUGAAACUCUCUCAACAACAACAAUCCUCUCAACAACAAACCACUUGGCAUCAUCAUGAUGAUAAAGAGGAGGCCGAUGAAGAAGAGUUGUUGGCCGAUGCUGUUGUGGAUCGAUUUGAACAUGUCGCCAGCACUCUCCGAAUAAUGGAUCAAGAACGACCAGUGGAAAUUUAUGUACAAGUCCAAUCACCCGUUCCAAGUGGUUUUUCCAAGUUCUUAAAGAGGUAUUUUGAAAGCAAAUCAGAGGUUCAUUAUCAUCCUCAUCACAGUUUUGUGGUCGUGGCACCAUCCAUGAGAAAAAUUAUUGAAAAAUUAAGACAAAUCGAUCGAAAUCGAAUGAAGAAGGAAUUCAAGACAGAGGAUGAUAAGAAUGCAGAAAAAAUUAUUUGGGUUGGUAUUGUGGAUCCAAGUUAUAAGAUUAGUUCUGAGCUCCAUAGAAACAAGAAGAAUCCACUUGCAACACUUGAUCUUGAGAUUCAACUCUUUUAUGAGACUGAUCUGACAAGAUUACUCAAGGAUUGGGAAGGCAGAAUUUCUCAACUGAUUGAACGUAUGAAUACAACCAUGCAGAAUCAAGUAAGAAAAAAGGUGAAAAUUUCACAAAAUAAGGAACUUUCUAUUAAGCUAACUAUUCCACAAUUACUCAAGAAUGAUCUGCUCAAAGUUUUAUCUUCAUCUCCAGCAGUGCGUCACAUUCAAAAGGAGGAAAUUUUUGGAUUUGAAAAUGAUUUGUACUUGGAUGAAGAUUUUGAACAAGACGAAGAGGAAGAAGAAUCUGAUCUCAUUUCAUUCUCAUCCUUCUUGAACAAAUACCUGACCGAUGAUCAUCAUUCAACAUUUGUGAACAAACCAAGUGGUGGUGAACAACACAUUAUUGAGCAAUCAGAUCAAGCAGAAAUUGCUGCUGCCAAAAAGUUACUCAACAAUGACUACACUCUCGAUGAUCAUGAAACAUUCCACUUACUUUCUGAUCUUAAUCCUCUUAGUGAUACCUACAAGUCAGUCUUACUAAAGUAUGGUACAGAAGAUAAAACCACUUCCAAGUCGUACCUUGGAGAGAAUUUUGCCAAGAUUGCAAAUACAACCUUGAACUUUGUUGGAUCCGAUAAGAUUGGACAAUCUGCAUUGCCUGAUGUUGCAUGGAUGUGGUCGAAGGGUUUCACAGGAAAAGGUCAAGUGAUUGGUAUUGGUGACACUGGUAUUGACACCCAUAACUGUUGUUUCCAUCGAAGAGGUCAAAAAGUCCCUUACAAUAAGAUUGAUUUGGAUGCUCACGAUAAAUUCACAUCCUACAAGGUUUAUGCAGACGAUAAGGACAUUGUGAGAGGUCACGGAUCAUUUGUUUCAUCCAUCUUGGCUUGCAACGUUAAACCAGAUCAAUUCGAAAAUGGAGAUGAAAUGAAAGAUUUGUACGAUGGUGUUGUAAAAGAUGCCAAACUGUGUUUCUUUGAUUUGGGACUUCCCACUCACCGUUUGAAUGUUCCUCGUGAUUUAUCAGGAAUUUAUUUCCCUCACAUGCAUGACAAGUGUCACGCCAAAAUUUCCACCAACAGUUGGGGAAGUCCCAAAGGUGGACGAUACACAAUUGCCUCCCAAGAAGUUGACGAAUGGGCCUACAAAAAUCCACACACGGUUCAACUCUUCGCUGCUGGCAAUAGUGGAAGAAGUGGCACAAGAACCAUAACUAGCCCUGGAACUUGUAAGAAUUGCAUCACAGUUGGUUCCUCUCAAUGGACUAGAAAGAGCUUCCAAUUAGGUUAUCCUCUUUAUGGUGAUAUUAUUCGUCAUGAAAUGAUGGAAGCUCAAAUGUGUCACAAACAUAAUGGUGUAGGAAAGUUACUUUUUGCCACUCCUUCAUUUUGUAAGAGCAUUGGUGCCAAACAAACUCCAUGCUUUGAUCAGAGAAAAUCAUUCUGUUCCAAAAUGGAUAUUUAUGGAGAGAAAGUUGCUUGUUCCAGUAAUUUCUUUAAGAAUAUUUGUUGUGGUAAAAAGUACUUGAUGGACAUGAUUGAACAUCCAGAACAUUUCUCGCCUAACAAUAUGGGUACAUUUUCAUCGAGAGGACCAACCAGAGGUGACAACAGAAUCAAACCAGAUAUUGUUGCACCAGGACAAUUAAUUUUUGGAUCUCGUUCAUUGGGAACAUCAUCAUUGGCCGAUUCUGAAGAACUUUUAGAUGCAAAUGUUGACAAGGGUUACUGUCCAGUUCCCAUUGCCAAUCAGGGAACUUCAUUUUCAACACCUAUUGUCGCUGGUUAUGCCUCCAUGAUUCAUCAAUACUUUUCAAAGGGUUUCUAUCCUGGAGGUAAGGAAAAUGCAAAGAAUUCUCUGAAUCCAACAGGAGCCACUUUGAAGGCAAUGUUAGUGAAUAGUGGUCAAGAGUUGAAUGGACUCGUCGAAACAAAUGGACAUGGAAUUUGGAAGCAAUUACAUCCUACUCCAUCCUACACACAAGGUUUUGGAUUGGUUCGUUUGAGACAUGUGUUACCAUUUGACGGUGAGAGUGACUUUACAUUAUUUGUGAACCAAGAUGAUUCAGUCUCUACCGAUGAGUACAAGCAAUAUUGUUUUAGAACUGUGAAAAUUGAGAGUAAGAGAGAUCAUGCCUUUAAGGAAUUGAAUCAAGCUUUGAAGGCAACACUUGUGUGGACAGAUUAUCCAGGCAGCCCUAAUGCUAAAAUACAACUUGUGAAUAACCUUGAUUUGGUUGUGCAAGAUGAAGCAACCAAGACUGAAUAUUUCGGUAACGGAGGAAGAGAUUAUGUCAACAAUGUUGAGCAAGUGAAUAUUAAGGGUUUCAACACCGAUGGUCAUCGAUAUCGUGUAGUUGUUCAAGGAACAAACGUUCCACACGGACCUCAACAAUUCUCACUCAUUGUUAAUGGACCAUUGGAGCCAAUUCAAUGUACAGAUGAGCCAAGCUUGAAGAAUGCAAGAAUUGUAAAGAGUCUACCAGCCUCGAAUUCCAACUCGAACGAACCAGAAUUGUUGUCAGGAUUUUUGAAAUUAUUCACAGGUCAAGAAGACUCGAUUUUGCAAGAUAACGAGCAGUCAUAA